AUGCCAUCAGGUGAGGGGAAGAGUGACAUGGAGCGUCUGGGGGUCUUUAAGGAGAUGAGCUACAUCUCUGUAGGAGACAAAUACACAUCACCCAGCAACCGUCCAUUCAAUGAAUCAGCAUAUCGUAGCCGGCAGAUUCAGGCGGGCAUCGCUGGCCUGCAAAGUGGUUUUUUCGAAAAGUCCUACAAACGGAUUUUUGAACGUGAAGCACUAAGUGACCCACUGAGACUGGCCCGGCAGAACCGCAUCCAGCAGGCCAAGAAAAACCUGGGCAAGGCCUUUGUCCCCUAUAGUGGUGUCAAGAAGCUUUGUGGUUCAGGAAGUUACUAUGGGACUUUAUCAGGGCCAGUUGAAGCCAUGAGUCCUUUUACUGUUGUCCAGAAAGCCAAUGUCUCACCUGGACGCAACAUCAUCACCUCACCUCCCAAGAAAGGCAGUGGUUACAGCUAUCCCAACGUAACACUGUCCAGAUUUGAGCUGUAUGCCUCAGACCCCUACGACAGAGCCAAAGACGUACUUAAGAGGGAGGCCGCGAUCCAUCGCUCCAAGUUAAGAGAUGGUCCCUUCAAGCUCAACCUUCACCCAAGAGAUUAUUUCCAAGGGAAUCCAUACCACAGUAACAAGCCACUGCUGCCAGCACAGAAGCCCCUCCCACCUGCACAAAAAAUGUCUCCUGUCCCCUUCAAGCCCCCGUCCCCAGGCAAACGGAUUGGAGGGAUAAAGGCGGGAACGUUUGACACUUAUCCGUCGCAUUCUGCUGAUCCAUUCAUCAUUCGCCGUUCCAAACAGACCAAUCAAGAGCCAAUCUUUCGCCCAGCUCCUGGCCCUAAGAGCACUCCUGUGAAGAGUAUCAUCACCAUGAACGUUAACAGGACCGUACACUCUGCAAACUACACCUCAUGCUUCCCAGCUGUGAUGACACUCUGA